UAUUUAUAGUCAUUCAGAAGGUUAUACCCCCGUGACCAGCGAUGGCGGCUCCGAAUCCCUCCACACUUCUGCCUCUUGAGUUAGUAGAUAAAUGUAUUGGUUCUCGUAUUCACAUCAUCAUGAAGAGUGACAAGGAAAUAGUUGGGACUCUUCUUGGCUUUGAUGACUUUGUAAACAUGGUACUUGAGGACGUGACUGAAUACGAAUCUACACCAGAGGGACGAAGAAUCACGCAGCUUGAUCAAAUUCUUCUCAAUGGAAACCAUAUAACAAUGCUUGUUCCAGGUGGUGCGGAAUUAGUAGACUAAAGAAAAUGCAUAAUUUGUUUCUAAAAUGUGAUACCAGUAUCAUCUUGUGAUCUUGGAAUACUCUAAAAGUGUGUAGAGAAGAAACCUAAUAAAAGGCUAGAGACUUUGCUACAAUAAUUCAUUCUCAGUUUAUUUUAGUGAAAAAUGUAUUGCGCUUUUCAUGUGGGGUCUCGUUGUGUAUUUGUGCAAAGAAAAUUUUUAUUUUGGGGGAAAAGUAGCAAAAACAUUAAUGAAUAUCAAGGAAAUAAAAUACAUUUAAAAAAAUUACAAUCUUGAUUGUAUGAAGAGCUGUGAUGCAGAUCCUGCAGAUGACAAGUUACUGGACUUUUUCGUUCUUAAGAUCUAAAAGAAUUUAGUCUUUUUGUGACAUGUGUACUUCAAUUACCAGAAUUUAGAGAAAUUUUACCAUAUGAAAUGGUGUAAUAUGUGAGCUAAAAAGAUUUGAUUACUUUUGUUUAAUUUAUAUGAAAUUUAAGCUUUUUCAGUAACUGCUGAAAUUCUAAUAAAAGAUGUUUAUUCCUUCUGAUGGGCUAAUAGGGGCAAGAUUUUUUAUUUCUUGUUGGUGUAACUUCAUGUGUGUGUGUGUGUACUUUUAUACAAUAAAGUUUUGACAUUA